CCGAGGUUGUUCAGGAAGGAAAAGCUUCACAGCAUUCCGAAAUACGAAACUGAUUCCCAUGGAAACAUCCUCAUCCUCUGAUGACAGUUGUGACAGUUUUGGUUCUGAUAAUUUUGCGAACACGAAAUGCAAGUUUAGGUCGGAUAUUAGAGAAGAACUGGCAAAAAUUUUUCACGAAGCCUCUGAUGAUGAAUCCUUCUGUGGCUUUUCAGAAAAUGAGAUUCAAGAUGCAUUGAAACUGGAAUCAGAUUCAGAGGAGAAUGAUACAAGUGCUGAAAGUGAGGUAGCUCAGAGAAGGCGGAAAUGCCCUAUUCCUCUAAAAGUAGCCAUGAAAUUUCCACCUCGAAGAUCAGAGAGGAGGAAGGGCGAGAUGGAACCUCUUCCUGAAAAGCUGAUGCCUGCUCCAGAUUCAGACUCUGACUCUGAAGAAAAGGGUGCCAUGUUUUUAGAAAAAAGAGCUUUGAACAUAAAGGAAAAUAAAGCAAUGCUUGCAAAACUAAUGGCUGAGUUACAAAAUGUUUCUGGUAUCUUUGGUGGGAGAAAAUCAUUGCCAGCUGUCAGUCAUGGACCAAAGCGACUUCCAAGACAUAUGUUACCCAGAAGUGCCUUGAGGAGGAACCCAGACCGAAGUUCUCGGCCUCAUACAAGAUCCAGGUCCUUGAUUGAAGGCCCUCCUACUCCUUUACCAGAAGAGGAAGAUGAUGACCGGUAUAUCUUAGUGAGAAGAAGAAAGAUGUCUGAUGAAUACCUGGAGCAUGAAGCCCGAACUCCCAGGAGGGGUCACCGUGGUGCCAUGGCUUUUCCACACAUUGUGCGCCCAGUUGAGGAGAUCACAGUGGAAGAGCUGAAUAAUAUUUGUGGAUCUGCAAGAGAUAAAGUAUAUAACAGGGCCAUGGGAUCCACCUGUCAUCAGUGUCGCCAAAAAACCAUAGACACGAAGACAAAUUGUCGUAACCCUGAUUGCAUAGGAGUACGGGGCCAAUUCUGUGGGCCAUGCCUCCGCAACAGGUAUGGGGAAGAUGUCAGAACGGCGUUGCUGGAUCCGAACUGGAGGUGCCCACCAUGUCGUGGAAUCUGCAACUGUAGCUUCUGCAGACAGCGAGAUGGCCGAUGUGCUACAGGUGUCCUGGUCUAUCUGGCCAAGUACCAUGGCUAUGACAAUGUCCAUGCCUACUUGAAAAGUCUGAAACAAGAACUUGGAAUGGAAGACUGAAGCUGUGACUGCCUUGAAAUUACAUACUCUUUCAGCAAUGUCAUAUUAUCGCCUACAGUGAAUUGUUUAAUCAAAUGAGAUUACAAAGCCAGUGCCUGUGUUCCCUCCCCUUUUGGGUAAAAAAGGAUAAAGAACUU